AUGUGGUUUUUUCUUCCAGACUUGAAGUCCAACUUCAGCGGCCCUCCUCCCGGCGCCAUGGCCGCCGGCGCCGAAGCCUAUCUCCAGGGCAACAUCAGGAUGACUCUGGAGGACCCCGAGCUCUGGAAGACUUUCCACGGAAUCGGGACAGAAAUGAUCAUCACCAAGCCGGGGAGGAGGAUGUUUCCACACUGCAAAGUGAGCCUGUUUGGCCUUAUCCCAUGUGCAAAGUACAUCUUACUGGUCGACAUGGUCCCUGAGGAUGGUUUCAGGUACAAGUGGAAUAAAGAGAAGUGGGAGGUGGCCGGAAAAGCCGAGCCCCAGCCUCCGUGCCGGACCUACGUCCACCCGGACUCCCCGGCCCCGGGCAGCCACUGGAUGAAGCAGGGCAUCUCCUUCCUCAAGCUCAAGCUGACCAACAACACGCUGGACCAGCACGGCCACAUCAUCCUGCACUCCAUGCACCGCUACCACCCGCGCUUCCACGUGGUCCAGGCCGACGACCUGUUCAGCGUCCGCUGGAGCGUCUUCCAGACCUUCACCUUCCCCGAGACCUCCUUCACGGCAGUGACCGCCUACCAGAACACCAGAAUUACAAAGCUGAAGAUCGAUCACAACCCAUUUGCAAAGGGUUUCAGGGAUGAAGGAACCAACAGAAAAAGGCGUGCAAACAAGGCCCCGUCAUCAUGCUUUGAGAAAAGAUCCAAGGUGCCGGACGGUUUGAAUCGGAGCACAAAAGAGGACAGUCCAGAAGAUUUCUGCCCGUCGGCGUACGACAGCUACGAAGGGGACGAGGUGGAGCUGCCCAAAGGGAAAGACGGCGAGGCCGUGAAGGAGGAGCGGUACUCCCCGUGGGGGGCCGGACGGGAGCAGAACGUGAGGACGGACUCUCCGGCCGCGGUGGACGGCCGGGACCUGUACAACGCGGAGCAGCUGGUCCCCGCCCCGCCGUCCUACCAGCCCUACAGGCCCCAGGACUACGGGAAGUCCCCGUCCCCCUCCACCAGCUCCGGGAGCGGGUCUGGCCGCGGCAGCUUCGAGUCCCGGGUCCCCGACGUGGCCACCGUCCCCGACCCCUCCCACGACUCCGCCAAGCCCCGGGCGCCGGACGCGGGCCCCUCCCAGUGCGGCGGCCAGCCCCCGGCGGCCCACCAGGACUACGCCGGGGCCCUCAGCAUGUCCGUGGCCCAGGCCGGGAAGCCGGGGGUCAUCGGCCACCACAUCUACGGCCCCUACGGCGCCGAGCAGCCCCUGGGCCAGUGGAGCGGGCCGGGCCCCGCGCAGGGUUCAGACGGGGAGAAGAAGCAGCUGCGGGUAUCCCGCAUCAUGCUGCUGGAAUAA